AUGUUAUUUCCCGCUACGUUUACCUUUAAUAAUGGUCAGGUUGUACCAUCCGUCGGCCUAGGAUGCUGGAUGGGCCAGCCAGGAGAAGCCGAAGCCUGCUAUGAUAUGGUCCUUAAAGGUCUCAAGAUUGGGUACCGUCACCUUGACACGGCAUUUGGUUAUGGCAACGAAGAGGCCGUAGGAAAGGCUAUUCGCGAUUCGGGCGUGCCCCGUGAAGAGAUUUUUGUUACAACCAAAUUAACAUGGAAAGAUCAUGGAAGAGUGGCAGAAGCAUUUGACCGCAGUUUGAAGAAUCUUGGGCUUGAUUACGUCGACCUGUACUUGAUGCAUUGGCCCCAAGCUGCCGACCCAAAAGAUAAUCGGUUUCUGUCCCCUGAAGAAAGCCCGACGUAUGUCGAGACAUGGAAGGCCAUGGAACAAGUACUCUCCAGUGGUAAAGUUAAGAGUAUCGGCGUGUCAAACUUCAGCAUCAAAACAUUGGAAGUCCUUCUUCCUGAGGCCAAAGUUAUUCCAGCCACUAACCAAGUCGAGCUUCACCCAUCGCUUCCAUCUUUCAAACUUGUUGAAUAUUGCCAAUCCAAAGACAUUCUGGUAACUGCAUUCUGCCCGUUAGGAAGGAACUUUAAACUCUUCGCGGAUAGCACCGAGUUCAAAUCUCUUAACGAGUCCGAGGGGCUGACCACUGCCCAGCUCUUGAUCAGCUGGGCACUACAACGCGGAACUAUACCGAUCCCAAAAUCCAUUCAAGAAACUAGGCUCAAGGAUAACUUCAACGUCACACGGUUAUCCGAUCACGCAAUGAACAUAAUUGACAACUUCCACAAGACUUCAGGUGUUCACGGUACUCUAGUGUUCAAGGAUCCUCCCGGUGGAGCCUUUGGAUGGACUUAUGACCAACUUGGUUGGGGUAUGGAUAAGAAUGGCAGUGUCAUCGAAUCAUAA